UUGGAAAAACUGGGUUUUAGAGAAAGUUCCAUUGCUAGGCACAUUGUUCAUGUGAUCAGAAAUUAUUUCAUUAGAAUUCUCAAUGUCGUUUUAAUACAGGUUAUUUAUGUGGCCAGAAACCCAAAGGAUGUCUUGGUGUCCUUCUACCAUUAUUCCAAAAUUGCUGCCAACUUUGAAGAAAUAGAAGACUUUGACAUUUUCAUGGAGAGGUUUUUGGCUGGUAAAAUGGUAGGUGAUUUAUGGUUAGAACACAUAGAAGGCUGGUGGGCUCAGAAGGACAACUUUAAUAUUCUGUUCCUUAUGUAUGAAGAGAUGAAGACGGAGGGGCCGCAGUGGAGGAGUCAGACCAAGAACAAUUUGAAGACCUCAACGGCUGAGCAAUCAGAUGACAACAUGGCACAUGUUGCAACAGCUGUGAAGAAUCUGAGAAGCUCCAUUCUGAAAAUUUGUAACUUCCUAGGAAAGAGUUUGACUGAAAAAGUGCUGGAUGAUAUUUUGGUUAAGGCUUCUUUUGAAAAAAUGAGAACGGAUCCUCGUAUAUAUGUUGCGUAUCCAUCUCCUGAACACAGCAAAGGGCGCUUUUUUCGCAAAGGUACUAUUGGAGACUGGAAAAAUACAAUGACAGUUGCACAAAGUGAAAGAUUUGACAGCGUUUUCAAGGAACGGAUGGAAAAGCUGCCCUUCAAAUUCUGCUGGGAUAUCAAUGAUGAAUUACCUGAAUGAGCUUUUCACAUUUGCACUGUCUAUUUUUAAUUUGGUGAAUCUCAUAUUUGUCCCACCCAAGUAUUUAUUUCUAAUUUUCAUCAGAAAACUGUAUUGCAAUGUUCAGAAAAUUGCAAACCAUGAAUAGAGAAUCACAUUAAGGAUUGUUUAUUGUUUACAAUAUGUGAAUAAAAUCAGAUUCUAUGUAAAAGAUCAAAUAAGGGAAUAAUCUAAAUCACUAAUGAGGAAUCAAUCCCAAAUUAAGCAGAAUUGAUUAUAUUUAAAUGUUAUGUUUGGUAUAAUGUUCAGGUCACUACAGGAGAAUUACAAAGAAAAACAGAUUAAUUGCACGAUAGAUUAUAUAUUGUUUGAAAAAUGUAAAUUUCAAGGGAUACUAUGUCAAAAGUAAAAUUUAUUCACAAAUACUAAUCAAUGAGCCAAUGCUGAUUUUAAAAGAAAAGUAUUAACAAAAAUAAUUGUUAGAAUUGUCAGUUUAUAUCACUGUAGCCGCCUAAAUACAAUAACUUAAAAGAUGAAAUAUUUUAUUAUUUCACUGGCAUCUCACUUUCUUCCCAAAUGUAUUCUCUUGAUGCCCUUAGAAAUUGUAUUUCUGAGAUAAAGUGAGUUUUUGAAAGUG